AAUCCGAAGCAUUUGUCUCGUUCACCGUAAUUGCUGUCUGAGAACGACCCAAACGGCCUCUUCCGUCCUUCGCUCUAUUCUUCUUAAGCUUACCGCUUCUUAUGACCUUUUCCCUACUAGAGUCUGCCCUCAAGUUCAGACCUUCGAAGGAUAAAAAUAGAGAUGGAGAUUUUGAAACCGAAGCAGGGAUUUCUGAUUCUUUCAGCUUUGCUUUUUGUUUGCAACCUCUCCGUCUGGACGAUCCACGCGCAGGUUUCUGUCCCCGCCAGGUUUGAUGGAUUCGUGUACAAGAACCUCCUACCUCAUGCAGAUACGAUAAUGAUCGAAGCAUUCUUCGAUCCAGUUUGCCCGGAUUCCAGGGACGCCUGGCCUCCGCUGAAACGGGUUCUCGAGUACUACGGCCCUCGACUGUCUCUUAUCGUUCAUCCUUUCCCAUUACCUUAUCAUGAUAAUGGCUUUGUUACUAGCCGUGCUCUACACAUUGUAAAUAAGCUGAAUGCCUCUGCCACGUACCUCUUGUUGGAGCAGUUCUUCAAGCAUCAGGAGAAGUUUUACAAUCAACAAACCCACAAAAUGUCUAAAGCUUCUGUUGUGGAUCAUAUUGUGAGGUUUGUAACUAAAGCAGUUGGCAACGACUCAUUAUCUUCAGUUGAAUCUGGCUUCAAUGACAGGAGUACCGAUCUUGCAACUAGGAUUUCAUUCAAGUAUGGAUGUUCAAGAGGGGUGAUGGGCACACCUUAUUUCAUUGUGAAUGGAUUUCCACUGCCCAAUGGUGGCUCAGCUGUGGACUACAAUGGGUGGAGAAGCAUCAUUGAUCCCCUGAUCAAAGUGCAGCGCAAGUUUGAGGAUGAAAAAUCCACAUUUCUUCUUAUGAAAGCCUAGGCCUUAAGCAUGCAAGGAAUCUGCUUUUCUUGAUUGAAUUUUGUAUCUGUUAAGUAUCAGGAAAAUGCUUUACAUUUGAAUCCACUUGGAAUUUUGAGCAUGAAGCAAGUUUGGGUUGAUUAAGAAUUGUGUACCAUAGUUGGAAGUGUACCACAAAUGGAAAUAUAUGCUGGCAAAAAAAUAUGCAUGACAAUGACAUGUUUUGAUAAUGGAUAGUGAAGUCAUUUUCACCUUA